GUUAAUUUGUAAGUUAAAUUAAUAGAAAUGGUGAAAGUAAUAUAAUUAAAGUAUAAUAAACCUAAGAUAUGUUUAAUAUGGUGGCUUUAUUUCAAGAUAUAUUAUCCUCAUUUUAGAGAUAUAUCAAGCUGGCUAAUUUACUCAGAAAAGGACUCCAGGUAGGAUCUAGACUUCCAUUUGCAUCAUAUUUUGUGAAGCCAUCUGGAACAUUCCACAGCACAGCGAUCAGCAAUAUGAAGUACAUCCUUGUAACCGGUGGUGUGAUCAGUGGGAUAGGGAAGGGCGUGAUUGCCAGCAGUCUAGGGACCAUCUUGAAGUCUUCAGGGGUCAGAGUGACUUCCAUUAAGAUUGACCCUUAUAUCAACAUUGAUGCAGGAACAUUCUCUCCCUAUGAGCAUGGUGAGGUUUUUGUGCUGAAUGAUGGUGGGGAAGUUGACCUUGACCUGGGAAACUAUGAACGUUUCCUUGACAUCACGCUGCACCGUGACAACAACAUCACCACAGGGAAGAUCUACCAGACCGUCAUAGACAGGGAAAGACGUGGGGAUUACCUCGGCAAAACUGUCCAGGUGGUGCCCCACAUCACUGACGCCAUUCAGGAGUGGGUUGAAAGAGUGGCCAAGGUCCCUGUGGAUGGUGACAAUGCCACACCUGAUAUCUGUAUCAUUGAGCUAGGAGGAACUAUAGGAGAUAUAGAGGGUAUGCCUUUUGUUGAGGCCUUUAGACAGUUUCAGUUUCGAGUGAAACGGGAAAAUUUCUGCUGUGUACAUGUCAGUCUCGUACCCCAGCCCAAAGCUACAGGAGAACAGAAAACAAAGCCUACGCAGUCCAGUAUACGAGAACUGAGAGGUCUUGGCCUCUCACCAGAUCUGAUUGUAUGCCGAAGCACAGUAACUAUAACUGAUGCUGUCCGGGAAAAGGUGUCCCUCUUCUGCCACGUGGAACCACAGCAGGUGAUGAGUAUCCACGACCUGUCAUCUAUCUACCGUGUGCCGUUGUUAUUGGAGAAUCAGGGGGCGUCGGCAUACAUAAUGCGGAGACUGAAUCUGCACCCCCACCUCAACAUGCGACCCAAAAAGUUUAUGGCAGAUUGGAAGGAACUCGCUGACAGGUAUGACCGGCUACUACGAGAGGUGACUAUAGCUCUUGUGGGCAAGUACACAAAGCUGGAGGAUGCCUAUGCCUCCGUCAUAAAGGCCCUACAACACUCUGCCCUUGCAGUCAGCCACAGGCUCAAUCUCAAGUACAUAGAGGCCGCUGACUUGGAGAUGUCCAUGCUGGCGGAGGAUCCGUGCAGAUACCACGAGGCCUGGCACCAGCUUGUUUCAGCCAAUGGUAUCCUGGUACCUGGGGGGUUUGGUGUGCGGGGAACCGAGGGGAAGGUGCUAGCUGUCAACUGGGCCAGAACAAAGAAGGUUCCAUUCUUGGGUGUGUGUCUGGGCCUGCAGUGUGCGGCCAUAGAGUUUGCCCGCAAUGUGCUGGACAUGAAGGAAGCCAACUCCACCGAGUUCUUCCCCGAAACAAAACACCCAGUGGUGAUUGACAUGCCGGAACACAACACAGGCAUGAUGGGGGGAACCAUGCGGCUCGGCCUGCGCAAGACACUCUUCAAGACGGACAAAUCCAUUAUGAAAAAGUUGUACGGAAACAGUGACUAUGUAGAGGAAAGACACAGACAUAGAUAUGAGAUUAACCCAGAGCUAGUGGAGCAGUUUGAGGCAAAGGGUAUGAGAUUUGUAGGACGCAGUGAGGACGGGGAACGUAUGGAGAUACUGGAACUAGAUGAUCAUCCGUUCUUUGUUGGAGUUCAGUACCACCCAGAGUACAUUUCCCGCCCGAUGAAGCCCUCCCCUCCGUACUUCGGCUUCUUACUAGCUUCCUCCGGUAAAUUGCAAGGCUUUGUAAACAGGGGCUUUCGCAAAUCACCAAACAUGGAAUACAGUGAAAGUUCAGAUGACGAACUUUGCAAAAUCACAGAGGGGAAUGGGGCUUUAAGCCCUAGUACGGCCAGUGGCAUUAAGAUGAGAGCCAGUGCCGGUACUGUAAAAGGUGAUUGAUGUACGGAAAUAUUAUACAUGUGUACAUUCAAGAUCAAAAUGUUACUGAAUUAAUAUGAUAUGUGCUUGUUCAGUUGUGCUGUGAAAUCCUUGAACAGUGCCAUUUGUCAUUUCAAGUCAAUGAAUUUUGUAAAAAAAAUCGAAUUGAAUUUUGUUUAUUGAAAACACGACAAAAACAACAUACAUGUUUAGUGCAUACAUGGUUUUCAACAUUGGAACCAAGAACAAUGGAACUUAUUUGCACAAUAAUGUAACUAUUCCUAUUCAGUGCAUUCAUUAAUUGGGACCAAAGAAAAAUGAAUAUACAAGUUCCAAUGUUUAAUUGAAUGUUGUUGGACAUAUAAAGUUAACUUUUGGUUUUGUAAUAAUAUAUGUUGCCAACAAAAAGACGCAAAAAGUGGAUGUCAUUCUUAGCUUUUAAAAGUUGAUUCCAUCUAUUGUUUUCAAUACAUGAUUGUCAGUCCCUAAACAUAUAUAUGGUACUUGCAUGCUAAUAUGAUAAAGCGUUUGAAUAUUUUAUUCUACAGCUUAUUGUAAUGGUUGACAUUACAAAAAUGUUUAUAACAAGUGUCAUAUUCAUGUUAACUUUCUAUAGUCUGUUUAUACCACAACAAUGAAUGUUCUCUUCCACCAUAAUCUAUAGUCCUGCAGUUGUUACUCUUCAAGACUUUUUAAAUGAAUAUAAAAACAUACAUACCAGUAGGUAAGUAGUUCUUAGACAGUCACGAUUUUCGCCAUGUUGUAGAAGUUACAUAUCAAACUCCUGGUUUCUGAAAUAAACCUGUAGGUAUCAACACUUUCCAACAAGUACGGAGUAUUUUAAAUAACAUAUUAAAAGUUGAUCCAUGUUUACGAAAUCUGUUUACUUCCAUUGGGAAUUCAAGGGCAGUGCCAAGAGCAGAUAGGUGAAGUAAAAUCUGGAUAAAUGCUGAUUUAAGGAAGGAAAAUCUUCCUGUAAAACACCUUUUAGCAUAUGCUGAUGUUAUUCCGCCAGUUCUGAUAAUUAUCAGGUGAACAAUGUAUGCCAUAAAUGUUAUGACAUGAACUCAGUAUAUUUGGUCCGCUUAACAGAGUUAUCAAAAUGAUUUGUAUGGCAAAUGAAUGCUUCAAUUCAAUUUUUUCUGGUUUUAAAUAUUCAAAUUUUACACAUACAUGUAUCUAAUUUAGAAAAUGCUAAGGACAAGAUUUCCGGUUCUGUUUUUUAUUUAAGGAAGCGUUCGAGAUCUACUACUGUCAAGCUAGUAUUUGACUUCUUUUGUAAACGUCAUUCGGAACCAUCGAAAACAAAAUGGAUUUAUUUAACUCUGGUUAAUUUUGCAUUUUUGGAACAGAAGAUGAGUUGAACUCUUAUUUUAUGGAGAAAAUUCUAUUCAAACACCUUCAAAAUUCAGGUAAAUGUCUUGAGAAAGAAAAAAUAUGUCUGAGAACUAUUCACCGAUUGGAACCUAGAUCCAGAACAAUAACUUUAAUUGUUUGCAUCUUGUCUAUAAUUUACAUUGUUAAUACUGAUGGUUCUAGAUGGUGUAAAUUCUGUACUUGCAUGUACUUUUGAGGUGCAUUUCUUAGUGUUUUUUAGUGCAAUAGGCAAGCAAAUUUGAGUUUUUAGUUUUUGGCACUGCUUCCACAUUGCCAUGAUUUGGAAUAGCAUAAUUGUCAUAAUUUAUUUUUAUUGCUAAAUAUCAUACAUGUAUGCAUUUAAUGUGUUGUGUAAAAUAAUGGUUUAGAAUCAAAAUUACCAUCCUUUCAUUACUAUAAACAAUAUUUUAAUGAUACUUCUUUCAGGUGGAGCCUCGUGUAAUUGUGCCCAGCUCACUUAAUAAUAAGAAUCUUAUUUUUAACUUGUCUGUUUUUAAAAGAUAAUUUUAGGUGUUGUCAAAACCGUUGUGUUGGCAUCAUGCAAAAUUAUUUAAACUUUGGCAUAUCUCAGACAUAACCAUUUCAGAUAUAAGCUUGAAACUUAAUACUCUUGCUUACUUUCGUAACUCACAUAGAAUUACAAAUUUCAGAACCCUGGCUAAAAUAUUUGUCAAAUUACAUGUAUGUCACUUGCUCAACUGAUAAGUGUUGGUACCCGUUUGUAGUCCCCUAAUGUCCACUGGUCGGAUUAGCUUAUCCUUAUUAGUGCUAUCUUUAUCUCAUUUGUGAACUGUUUGUUAAAUCCUUUUGACAUUGAAAAUAUAAUGUUGUUUGUAAAUAUUUAAUUGUGCUUAUUGUAUUAAUGCUUGUUGAUGAUUUAUUUUUCCAAGGUACAUUUAUGUGUAAAAUUAUUGUGUUAACCCGUUGAAUAUGUAUAUUAAAUGCCAUUUCUGAG